AUGGUGGAGGUGUGGCAGUCGGCCGUGGACGUCGUUGAGGGUGAAAAUGGUAGCAGUGAGCAGUCGGCGAUCGGGGUCGACAUUACAUCCUUGGUGAUUGAGUUCUUUGUGACAGGGACCCUUCCCCCUGAUUUAAAUCUCACCAACCUCGUAUUGAUACCCAAGAAGAAGAAUUUUAUGGUUAUGAGCGACCUCCAAUCCUUUGCUCUCUGCAACGUCAUUUACAAAGUGGUCUCAAAAGUCCUUACCAAUCGAAUGCGCAACAUUAUUGAUCAGAUAAUUUCCACUACUCGGAGUGCAUUCAUCCCUGGCAGACUUAUAUAUGACAAUGUAAUGGUGCCGUUUGAAGUCAUGCACUAUCUUAAGAGGAAAACAAAAGGAAGAAAAGGCUAUAUGGCCAUUAAACUCGAUACGAGCAAAGCCUAUGACCGCGUGGAAUGGGAUUAUCUUUGGGAAGUUAUGAUCCAUAUGGGCUUUCACACUCAUUGGAUUGAUUUGGUGAUGCACUGUGUGUCCACGGCUAGGUACAAUGUUAUUCAUGAUGGUCAUUCUAUUGGGCCUAUCAAUCCCACAAGAGGCAUUCGACAAGGAAACCCCCUUUCAACUUAUUUAUUUAUCAUAUGUGCGGAGGGGCUUUCAUCGCUUAUUCAACAAUAUGAAACAAAUUGGAUCAUCCAUGGCUGUCACAUUGCUCAUGGGGCUCCCCUAAUCACUCACAUGUUAUUCGCCAACGAUAGUUACCUCUUUUUCCAAGCUACUAAUGAAGCUGCUGAAGGUGUCAUCCCCAACAUUGAUAAUCAAAGUCAGCCUCUCAUUUGCUCAACUCUACAAAUGCCUGAAGCGGAUGAAGGUAGUCUUUACUUAGGAUUGCCUAAUAUCAUUGGAAGGAACAAAUCAGCUAUUUUUGGUUUCCUCAAGAACAAGUCGUUGCCUACAUAUACUAUGAGUGUCUUCCUCAUUUCUAUUGAUAUUUGCGAGGAUAUCGAGAAGCUAAUGGCUAGCUUUUGGUGGAAGACCUCUUCAAGUAAAGGAAAUAGCAUCAUUUGGAUGUCAUGGAAUCGUAUGGUGACUUCUAAAGAUGAUGGUGCGGAGCUUGGUAAUAAUCCAAGCUUUGUUUGGCGUAGCAUAUGGGGAGCUCAAAAUCUGGUGAAGAGGGGAGCCAUUCACACUAUUGGUAAUGGGGCAUCUACUAGUAUUCUUUCUCAUCCAUGGCUACCAAGUAGUGACAAUAGAUUUGUUUCCUCAACUCAUCCGUGCCUAAUCUCAAACAAUGUAAGCUCUCUAUUUUCUAUGGAUUCUCGUACUUGGGAUGUUGAUAUUGUACGUGAUUUAUUUCCCCCUCGGGAAGCUAACAUGAUAUUGGGACUGCCUUUGAGUCAUCAUGCCUCUGAUGAUUUUUGGUCAUGGUCGAAUGAUAGCAAAAGGUGUUUUUCAGUUAAAAGUGCCUACAACUUACUUCAAGAAGAUAAACACCCGCAUUCUAGUCCCAACAACUUCGGGUUUUGGCGUAAACUGUGGGGCAAUUAA